AUGAUAGCGUUGGCCAAACACAAGAAGCUGUUCUUCAUGGAGGCGUUGGUCACACGAUUCACGCCGUCGUUUGUCUUCGUGACGGAUCAGAUCCGUCGCGGAGUGAUCGGUCAGGUGUAUCACGUGAACGCCGGUCUCGGCUAUCACAUGAUUCUGGAGGACAGAGUGGCCACCAGAGAGUUGGGCGGCGGAACUGUAUUAGAUCUCGGAAUCUACGCCAUCGGUGUGGCCGACGAGGCCUAUGACGGCGAGAUGCCCACCAAGAUUGAGGCCAUCGGCCAACUCAACGACAACGGCGUGGACCUGAACUUCGCGGCCAAUCUUAAGUACGGCGGCAAUCGUACGGCCAGUAUAUUCGCCAACAGUUUACUACUGUUGCCAAACGAGGCGUUUAUUGUGGGCACUAAUGGCACGAUUCGGAUUACGGCAAACUUCAAGUCGUCGGAGAGAGUGUACGUGAAUGGUGUGGUCCAUGAGUUCCCGUUCCCGAAGACCACAGAGUUUCUCAAUUACGGCGAUAGUCUGGCGCUGAGGUAUGAGGCGGAAGAGGUCCGCAAAUGUAUUAAUGAGGGAAAGAUUGAAAGCGAAAAGAUGUCACACAAGGACUCCAUUGUUAUGGCGAAGAUUGAGGACGAGAUCCGCAAACAGAUUGGCGUUGUCUUCAACGAAGACUCGUAAACAAUGGCUUAAAAUUAUUAUCAUUAUUAUUAUCGAUGC